UUUUCUAGACCAACCCUGACAGAAGAAAGAUGGCACAUCUAGUGACACUCUCCAUUGGUCUUCUCGUAACAGCUUUUCUGGUCGUCGAGAGUCGGGAUUCCCCCGUCCUUUUUACUCCUCCCCCAGGCUGUCUAUACCAGGGGAAGUGGUACCAUGUUGGUUCUUUUCAACAUUCCCCGUGUGAACCUUGCCAAUGCACUUCCUCAGGACAAGCAUAUUGUGCCAUUGUAGAUUGCUUUUUUGAUGGUUGUGUGGACGCUGUUCAUGAUCCAAACAAAUGCUGCCCGGUGUGUCCAAACGGUCGAAACUGCAAGGCUCCUGACGGUACUAUUAUAAAGCAUGGCGAUACCUACAACACCCCUACAAUGUCCUGUCAGUGCUCGUCAUUCGGAACACUGGCUCAGUGUGCCUCAUUGGCUCAACCAAAUGAAAUAGUUGCCAGCUAAACUGUAAAUGUAAUUGAUUUUUUUCAAUUAAAUCUUCCGAUUUUGCAUUUU